CUGUUUAUUCUUCGUUUGUGCAUAGGUACAUUGAAGAGUUUAAAAUGGCAUCGCUAAUGGCUUCGCGUGGCGCGUUCAUCGCGCGGACUGCUGCUCCCGUCAAAUGCUUGGCGUCGAUGCGUAGCGCUAUGACUAGCCGUGCGAUCAUGCCUAUUGCUCCGCGCACGGCGCAGACCAGCUCUUUCCUGGGUGGUUCGUUCGCUGGCAGCAGCCUGGUCCGCGUUGCCCCUGCUCGUGGCGGCCUUUUGGUAAUGGCAAACAACAAGAAGUCCAUUGCCUGCACAAAGGAGGGAACAAACAGGAAGCGCCGGCGGACGUCAGGCUUUAAGGCCCGUAUGGCCACCAAGAACGGGCGUAAGGUCCUGAAGUCCCGCCGUUCCAAGGGCCGCCACGUGCUGUGCCCGGCGUCGGAGGGCAAGUCGGGUGGCAAGAAGUAAAGCUGUUGAGACGAGGCACUGAGUGACAAGUACAGGCGCAGCGGUUUUGUGUGCUGAGCUGUCGCCUUUCGAAAUAUUUGACUUCCGGACGCGUUCCGGGCAGGGGCAGCCGGGUUGGGAAGCUGGGUGUUCGCAAAACGCAGAAACAUUCGACACUUCUGCUUGGGCGGACGCCCUUUUUGGGGUACUUGCUGAGGGGUAUGGCUCUGCAGAUACGUCAACAUGGCGUGUCCCGGGCUUUGGGUUUGCUGUUUGAGGAGUAUAAAAAGGGCUACCAAUAUAAAAGACGUGGCGGCCGUGGAGGAACUCUCGCGUCUCACCUCCGUCUUCUCCUGUCGUUUUCAACAUGACCGUGACUCUUUUGUGUGGUGUGAUGCUGUUUAAAAGCCUUCCAGGGUGUUAGUAGCGGUAAUGGGGCGAGCCUAAAGCCAAGGAGCGGCGUUGGCCGGGGGCGCAUGGUUCUGCCGGAGAACGGCACCCUCAUUUGCUGGCCGCUCUAACUCAUGGUGUAAAGAGGCGCUUAAGCCGCGCUCCUUGCGCUAGUGCACUGCUGAUCUGCACUAAGGCAUUUCGGGUGAAGACUGGACAAGUCCUCGGUUCACGAGUCCAUUAGCCCUUGGUUCACGAGUCCAUUAGCCCUCGGUUCAAGCUCAAGAGUUC